GGGUUGUUGUGAUUUUGGAGAAAAAUCCCGUGAGAUUGGUUAUUGUUUUGUCAAUUUUGGAAGUUGAAGUUACUGUUAACGUGUACUGUUCAUGGGUACUGUUCACACACCGGCUAAUAAUUAACGGGGAUUUAAAUGUUUAGUUUGUGAUAUAAGAAUAAAUUUGGAGAUGUUCGGUCAUGUGGAUAUUGAUAGAAAUAGCACUGUGAUUAGGGGUAAUGCUAAUGAUGAUUUCACUUUGAAAUUGUGGUAGUGAGGUAUUAACUGCGGAAUAUUGUGAUUAGGUUCCUGAUCGUUCUGUCAAUUUAGCAUUGAGAUCGAGCCUUUGGUUUUAAGCGAGUGAGGUAAGUAAAUUUAUGGUAAUGCCCGUACUGUUUUUAAAAGCAUGUUUUGAUUUGUUUUUGAAGUGGUGGCGGGACUAAACCCGUUUUACACAAGUGUGACUGAUUUGAAGUGGAAUUUUUAUGCUUUUCAUUAAAUUGAGCAUGCCUACUUGGAAUUUAAUUGAUUGUCCUGAUGAUCUGAAAGUGAUUGGUGAAUUAUGUUUUUCUGUUAACUUCAGCCUGUUUUGUCUUCGAUAUGGUCAUGUUAUUUUGUAAUCCUGCUAGUGGGGUUUAAACGCUAGCACAUGUCGAAAUGUAUUUCUGUAGAGCCGGUUCCUCUUGCUAGUGGGAGUUGUUAAACACUGGAAUUUUUGUAAUCCUACUAGUGGGGGUUAAACACUAGUACUUUCUGGCGCCUGCCAGUGGGUUGUUAUAACACUGGCUGUGACCUAUAGAGGAGACGUCUAUUUCGUUCCCGUACUUGUAUCUGUUUUUCUGAUUGCACUUGUUGGCAUGCUAUAAGUUUAAUUGACUACUACUGAACUUUAUUCUGCAUAAUGGUUCAUCAUUGAACAUUCUGUUUAUGUUUAAACUGUUUAUCUGAAAUGCUCAAAUUUUACCCACGGUUAUCCAUACAUUUACUUAUUGGGAUAUUUUAUCUCAUAGUUUUCCCUUGUCCACCAUUUCAGGUAGUAUGACCCGAGACACGGAGAUCAAGGGGAGUGACGAGUUAAUUGGCUAGCUAUUGCAUUUGGAUAUAGAUUUUGAGUUUAGAUUGUCCUUGUAAGUUAGAUUCAUUAUUUUGAGUUUAAGUCAUGUUGGACACAGAUUUAUGGAAUAUAUUAUCAUUCUUGGAAUAUAGAUUGUACUUUGAA